UCGAACAAUCGACUCUAAUCGUCAGCUCUAAAGCGUAAAUAAUUUUGUUUUAGGAAAAUGCCAUAGAAUCGCUUAAAGAAUCACACGAAUGACGGAAAGGAUGGCCAGCGCAGUGGUGGUGCUGGACAACGGAGCAUACACGGCCAAGGUGGGUCUGGCUAGCCAGGAUGAGCCACAGGUAGUCCCCAACUGCAUCAUGAAGGCGAAGAGCGAGCGACGGCGCGCUUUUGUCGGAAAUCAGAUAGACGAAUGUCGGGACACUUCUGCGCUGUUCUACAUUCUGGCCUUCCAGCGCGGGUACCUGCUGAACUGGGAUACACAGAAAACGGUAUGGGACUACAUAUUCAGCAAGGAUGGCAUAGGCUGCACGUUGGAGAACCGCAAUAUCGUAAUCACUGAGCCACAGAUGAAUUUUCAAAGCGUCCAAGAGGCAAUGAUGGAGAUGCUGUUCGAGGAAUACCGGGCGGCUGGAGUGUAUAAGACCACUGCCGCUGAUCUGGCCGCCUUUAACUAUGUUGCCGACAGCGAGGAGCGCACCACAAUGCAGGCACUGAACUGCAUCAUCAUCGACGUCGGAUACAGUUUCACCCAUAUCGUACCCUUUGUACUGGGACGUCGAGUCCUCGAGGGCAUACGUCGUAUUGACAUGGGAGGUAAGGCGCUAACUAAUCAUCUCAAGGAGCUGAUAUCAUAUCGUCAUUUGAACGUGAUGGACGAGAGUCAUGUCGUGAACCAGAUCAAGGAGGAUGUCUGUUUUGUGGCGGAAGAUUUUAAGCAGGCUAUGAGGGUGCAUCAGGCCGAGGAGAAGCGUCGAGAACUUUCGCUGGAUUAUGUUCUCCCGGACUUUACUACUGUGAAACGGGGAUAUGUUCGUGUGCCGGGCCAGCCGAGGGAGGACGAGGAUCAGCAGCAGAUGGUGCCGCUCUGCAAUGAGCGCUUUACCGUGCCGGAGCUGCUUUUUAAUCCUUCUGAUAUUGGUGUGCAACAGGUCGGCAUCCCAGAGGCAGUAGCUGAUUGCCUUAAGGCUUGCCCCUGGGAGGCGCAUCGCGAACUUCUUCUCAACAUCCUUAUUGUGGGCGGCAGCUCUCAAUUUCCCGGCUUUCUUCCGCGCCUUAAGAGCGACCUACGCGCAUUGGUUCCCGAUGACCUGGAGGUUUCGCUCGUCUGCCCAGAGGAUCCGGUGAGCUACGCCUGGUACGGCGGCAAAGAAGUUGCGACCAGUCCAAACUUCGACGAGUUCGUUUAUACGCGUGAUGAUUACGAGGAGUAUGGUUUUCAGGGAAUAAAUCAGCGAUAGUGAAAAUAAAGUUUUUAGUAUUUUUCGUACACAAUAAACUAGGAUUGCGAUCUUUCAUAGAA